AACAUGGCCGCGGCGAGGAAACAUAAAAGCGUGGCCGCGCAGCAACCGGGUUUUUUAUCUUUAAAAUCGAAUUCUGACGGUGAAACUUCAUCUUUUGGACGCCGAAAGCGUGUAAAUAAAAAUAAGAAAAAGAACUGGAACAAGUUCAGCGAUAUUCAGGACGUGGAAGAGUUUUUAGACGAUGUGAGACUGCAGGAAAGAGCUACAGGAGGUCUGAUAGCUGACAAACCAGACAGCAGCCUUUUUUAUGUGGAUACUGGGGUGAAAGAACGUGACGCAAAGCCAGAAAUUAAGAGGAAAGGUAAAAGCCAGAAGCCACUAUGGACAGAUUUGAUGCUGCAGCCGGAUUCUCAUAUUCCAGCACCCAAAGAUAUCCUCGCCUAUCAGCAGCCCAAUGCCAAGAAACUACGCCGCGUUGCCCAGAAGGCAGAGAAGCUGGCCGCCAUGGGUGUCCUGCCUCGCCGCGAGAAGCGUCUACAUCAGUGCAAAGCUGCAGAAACUCAGAAGAAAGAGAAAUCUUUAACCAAUAACGACCCAGCAAGAGACUUCUAUGAUCUGUGGAGUGCAGACGUCCCUGACACAGCAGACUCGUACUACCUCGAACAGACCAAAAAGAAGCUUGUAAAGAGACCAGAAAAGCUGAAUGAGAAACCCUCAGUUCUUCCUGCUAUAGAAGUCAUCGGUCCGGGAGGCUCGUACAAUCCAGACUUCAUUUCUCACCAGGCUUUGCUGCUGGAGGCACAUGAAGUUGAGGUGAAAAAGCUGAAGGUGGAAGAGAAGCUGGAGAGGCAGAUGGCCGUAGAUAAGAAUAAUCUUGCCACCAAGGAAAGCAUCUUUAAAGAACAAGUAGAAGGGCUGGUCGAGGAAGAGGAGGAGGCGGCGAAUCAAGAGACCAAAAACACAGCGGAAGAUUCCAGCGACGUGGCCACCGGCUCGAUAGCACAGCGGGAGAAGAAAACCGAGAGGCAGAGAAAGAAGGAGAAAGCAGAAAAGAUAAAGGAUUUGCGGAGAAAGGCGGAGCGGAGAGUGAUCGACAGCCGACAGCAGCUUUUUAAGCUCCGCUCUAUAGGGGUGGAACUGAAGAGCCGGGAGCAGAGGACCAAGAUGAGACAGAUGCAGCGCAAGACGAAACAAGAGGCUCAAAAAGCUCUACCUCGUCGUCUAGGCAAACUCAAGUUCCAAGCCCCCGACCUGGACGUGCAGCUGAGUGAUGAACUCGCAGGCUCUCUCCGCACGCUGAAGCCAGAGGGCAGCAUCCUCAAAGAUCGAUUCAAGAGCUUACAGAAGAGGAACCUGAUUGAACCCAGAGAGCGGGCCAAGUUUAAGAGGAAAUACAAGGUGAAAUACGUAGAGAAGAGAGCCUUCCGAGAAAUUCAGUGAUCGGAAUCAUCGAAUCAGUCCAGUUAACACCUGAUCACCUACACACCCUCCAGCUCUUCAUCGAGACACGUCUACACUCUCAAGUCUCAUUUCACCAACAUAAAAGGAAUGAGUUUGCCCAUAGUAUUCUUAAAUGAAGCAUUGUGGGUAACGUGGUUUUAAGAACUGUAAAUUUCCACCUGUUUUACAUUUAAAACCUGAAGCCUUGUUGUUCCUGUGAAACGUUUGUCAUGUUAUGAAUGACAAUAUGUGAGAAUAAAAUAUUUAAUAUGUAAAACAAA